AUGAGCGGCAACAAAUUCCCCGUCGAUCUCAAGCAGUUCAAGCAGCUGAAGCUUGACCCCAAGAACACUACCCUCUCCGCCGACCAGAAGAAGGAUCUUCUCCACAACAUCAACAUCUUCCGUGAUGCCAUCAUUGCUUUCACUGCCACCGGUGCCGCUCGUGGCGUCUCCGGCCACACUGGUGGCCCCUUCGACACUGCCCCCGAAGUGUGCAUUCUCCUUGCUAUGAUUAACGCCAACCCCAACAACUUUUACGAUGCCCUUUUCGAUGAAGCUGGUCACCGUGUUGCGACCCAGUAUCUCCUGGCCGCACUGGACGGCAAGAUUGACCCCGAGCAUCUGCUCAACUACCGUGAUGCCAACUCUAAGCUGCCCGGCCACCCCGAGCUGGGACUCACACCCGGUAUCAAGUUCAGCUCCGGCCGUCUCGGUCACAUGUGGGGCAUGGUCAAUGGUAUCGCCAUGGCCAACCAGGACAAGAAUGUUCUGAUGCUCGGCUCAGACGGUUCCCAGCAGGAGGGCAACGACGCUGAGGCUGCCCGCAUUGCCGUGGCCCGCAACCUCAACGUCAAGCUUUUCAUUGAUAACAACGAUGUGACUAUUGCCGGCCACCCCUCUCAGUACCUCAAGGGCUACGACAUUGCCAAGACUCUCGAGGGUCAUGGCUUGCACGUCGUUUGUGCCGAGGGCGAGAACAUCGACUCCCUGUUCCCUGCCAUGGCUGAGGUCAUUAGCCACAAGGGCCCUGCUGCUGUUGUCAUUAACCGCACUAUGGCUGCUGGUAUCGAGGGUAUUGAGGGCGAGACCCACGCUCACGAUGUGAUUACUGUGGACGUGGCCCGCAAGUACCUUACUAAGCGCGGUUACAGCAAAGAGCAGCUCGCCUUCUACGACGACAUCAAGGCCCGCUCCAACCCCCACAAGUAUGAGGGUAGCACUAAGGAGAAGGGUGGCAACCGAGUCAUCUUCGGUGAAGCCGUCAACUCCAUUCUUAAUGGUCUGAGCAAGGAGGAGGCAGCCCGUCGAGUCAUGGUCAUCGACUCUGAUCUUGCUGGUUCUACCGGCCUCAAGGCCAUUGGUCAAGAGCACCCCGAGGUCUUUGUUCCCUCUGGUGUCAUGGAGCGUGGCAACUUCUCAGCUGCUGCCGGGUUCGGUUUCGGCAGCAACGGCGAGCGUCAGGGUGUCUUCUCUACCUUCUCUGCAUUCUUGGAGAUGUGUGUCUCUGAGAUUACCAUGGCUCGUCUGAACAACUGCUCCGUUCUCUCCCACUUCUCCCACAGCGGUGUUGAUGAGAUGGCCGACAACACUUGCCACUUCGGUCUGAACAAUUUCUUCGCCGACAACGGUCUCAUGGAUGCCGAGGUCACCUCUCUGUACUUCCCCGCUGAUGGUGAGCAGAUGAAGGCUGUCGUCAACAAGGUCUUCUGGGACAAGGGUCUGCGUUUCAUCUUCUCCACUCGCUCCAAGGUUCCUUAUAUCCUGAAGGAGGGUUCUGAUGAGAAGCUCUUCGGCGAGGGAUACAAGUUCGUUCCCGGCAAGGAGGAGGUCAUCCGCAAGGGCACCGCCGGUUACAUCGUCACCUACGGUGACAUGGUCUACCGCUCCCUCGACGCAGUUGAGCGUCUUCGCAAGGAGGGUCUCGACGUCGGUCUGAUCAACAAGCCCACCCUCAACAUUGUCGACGAGGAUGCCAUCCGGAACUACGGUUCUUCUCCCUUCGUUCUGGUUGUCGAGUCUCUUGCCCAGAAGACCGGUCUUGGCUCCCGUCUGGGAUCCAACCUUCUCGAGCGCAAGCUCACCCCCAAGUACAAGACCAUGGGUGCCGUCAAGGAGGGCUGUGGUGGUCUCUUUGAGCAGAUCAACGCUCAAGGCCUGGGCCCUGAUGAUAUUGUCAAGGCUGUCAAGGAGCUUGCUGGCAAAUAA